AUGAUGGGACCCCCGCGGAAAAUGCCGUCACGGCCUUCGGCGUCUAGGAUUAGUUAUAACAAGGCCGAGCGGAGCUCUAGCGCACCGCCUAGUUAGUUCUUCUGACUAGUUUUCUAACUGACUUGAGAAUUUACAUAGCUAAUCAGUCGAAAAAUUGUGAUUCUAAUAAUGCAAUCGACUUUUUUUUUCAAUCUUAAACUCAUUACAGGAAGCUCACAACGAACUUGAUAGGAUCAGUCCAUGGAGGCUCAACGACAACUUCAAAUAGUGCAGUUUGAUAUCUAAGCAAUUAUUUUUCAAUCACUUUUUCUUCAGAAAAAACGCCUGGACCAAACCACAUGAAGUUGGAAAAUGAAUGUACCAACUAUUAAUGGAACAAUUGACACGAGGUUUGAAUGUUUUAAAAAUUUUAUGAUGAAAAAAAAAGGGCUUGACAUUAUGAACACUGAAUUAAAGCCAGAAAAAACCUUGAUCCGAUAUCAUAGGCAAAGUCGGAAAGGGUGAAAAAAAGCUACAUAUAAAUGUUCCUUUUAGGGUGAGAAAGGUUCCUUUUUGCUAUUUCUGCGCCAUUUCAUCGGCCCUUAUGGACCAUUUUUGCUGCCUCUCUCUUUUUACACUAUUUCUUGAGCCCUUAAGAUUCCAGAAACAAUGGAAGGCUCGAUAAAGGGAUCCUUUUUCUGCCGUUUUGCGGCCUUUUUUGAUUCUCUUCUUUUUAACGGCCAUUAUCUACCAUUUCGACUUUGCCCGAGAUAUAUAAACAUUUAGAAAAAAGUGGUUGUUAGAAACUCUCAGGCUAAACUCGGGGGUUUUUAUACAGUUUGUGCACAUUUUUCGCGAUCGCGAUUAGUAAUAGAUUAUGAUUCAAGGCCGCAGACACUCUGGCUGCGGAAAAAAAUAAUUUCCUUAAUAGCUGAUUCACGGCUGGCUUGAACCAUCUUGAAAAGGGUCCUGCCACGAAAAGAGAAUACUGCCUUGUUGGUGGAGAGUGCAGACAGGCCACGCCUUUUUGCGUCCCAAGCUAGCCGUGAAUCGUCUAUACGAGCAGCUCUUUUUAAUUCAACUUUUGUAUUUAAAGUAGCGAAAAUGGGUGAUUAUGCUUUUUUUGGUUUUUUCGGUUAUAACUUUGUUGAAAAUUAUUGUUUUGGCCUCAAAUUUUGAAGAAGUUUUUUGUUAAAAGGGAUUUUUUGAGCCUGAGAUUUUUCAAAAGUAAAACGUUUUGAUGAAUAUUCAAAAAAGAAUCUUUUCGAAGUUAUUUUUUUGGAAUCGGUUCAAAAAUCUAAUUCAAAUCAUCACUAACAUCAUAAACAUCCAAAUUUCAGGUCAAAGCGAUUGUUUUUGACAAAGUUACAGACGAAAAACCAAAAAAUACUCACCCAUUUUCGCCACUGUAUAUCCUUCUUUUUCCGCAUUUGAAAGCCUUUUAUCUUCGAAAAUUCAGUCAACAGCGAUGACGAAAACUCCGCCUUCCUUACACAACGUGGCGACGACGGUUUCAAACUCGAGACGGAAGUCGAUCAACUGGAAGGUCGGCUCAACAAAAACAGGUACCAGCCCAAUGCUCGUAAAAGCAGCUGA